AUGACCACAACAACAGGAGGGAGUGGUUCUAGAGAAAAUACUCAACGGGCUUCAUUAGCCACAGAGGAAGUGGUUCCAAAUCAACCACAGAGGCGGAGGCGAGGCCCUAAUAUUAAUAAAAAAGCUUCACAGAUUUUGGAAAAUCAAUCUGAUGCUCGAAUUACAUUGACAAGAGAUACCUAUACAAAGAAAUUCAUUGGGGAUUCAGCAAGAUCUUUUGCAAUGGAGGUUGGAAUUGUGAUGCGGAGCUUUUGUCAAAUGGAAUUCCAUACAUGGGAGAAAGUAGCAAAAGAAAAUAAAGAAGAAAUGAUUAACAGAUUACGUCAAUAUGCUGAACAAAUGAAACAUAAUCAGGGAAAACUUGUUAUUCCAAGCAGAGGAGGCUCACGAUCGAUAGCAAAUCACAAAUUUGCAAUGACAAAUAAAGAGACUGAGAUGCCCCCCAGCCCAAUCGAAUUAUAUCAUAAGUUGCAUUUUCAUCCUAUAAAGAAAUGGAUAAAUGAUGAGUCACGCAUUCAAUACGUAAGAAUGAUUUCUUGA